GCGGAAGGGGCGGUGCGUUCGGGGUCCGCGUCGGGGUCGCGCGUCGGGCGCGCCGUGGCCCCGUCGGGGCGGCGGGAGCUGCGGAGCCGCCAUGGCGGACCUGGAGGCCGUGCUGGCCGACGUCAGCUACCUGAUGGCCAUGGAGAAGAGCAAGGCGGCGCCGGCGGCGCGCGCCAGCAAGAAGGUCGUCCUACCGGAGCCCAGUAUCCGGAGCGUGAUGCAGAAGUAUCUUGCAGAAAGAAACGAAAUAACCUUUGACAAGAUUUUCAAUCAGAAAAUCGGCUUCCUGCUAUUUAAAGACUUCUGUUUGAACGAGAUCGAUGAAGCCGUGCCUCAGGUGAAGUUUUAUGAAGAGAUAAAAGAAUACGAGAAACUGGACAACGAAGAGGAACGACUGCGCCGGAGCCGGCAGAUGUACGACGCCUACAUCAUGAGGGAGCUCCUGUCCUGCACACACACUUUCUCCAAGCAAGCUGUGGAACAUGUCCAGAGCCAUCUCUCCAAGAAACAGGUGACCGCUACCCUUUUUCAGCCAUACAUUGAAGAAAUCUGUGAGAGCCUCCGAGGGGAUAUUUUCCAGAAGUUUAUGGAAAGUGAUAAAUUCACCAGGUUCUGUCAGUGGAAGAAUGUGGAAUUAAAUAUUCAUCUGACCAUGAAUGACUUCAGCGUGCACAGGAUUAUCGGCCGAGGAGGGUUUGGGGAAGUUUACGGCUGCAGGAAAGCAGACACCGGGAAAAUGUACGCCAUGAAAUGCUUAGACAAGAAGAGGGUGAAGAUGAAGCAGGGAGAGACGCUGGCCUUGAACGAAAGGAUCAUGCUGUCCCUCGUCAGCACUGGGGACUGUCCCUUCAUUGUCUGCAUGACCUACGCCUUCCACACGCCAGACAAACUCUGCUUCAUCCUGGACCUGAUGAACGGGGGCGACAUGCACUACCACCUCUCCCAGCAUGGGGUGUUUUCUGAGAAGGAGAUGCGCUUUUAUGCCAGCGAGAUCAUCCUGGGUCUCGAGCACAUGCAUAACCGCUUCGUCGUCUACAGAGACCUGAAGCCUGCGAACAUCCUCCUGGAUGAAUACGGGCACGUGAGGAUAUCCGAUCUUGGCCUCGCCUGUGAUUUCUCCAAAAAGAAGCCUCACGCCAGCGUGGGCACCCAUGGGUACAUGGCUCCCGAGGUGUUACAGAAGGGCAUAUCUUACGACAGCAGUGCGGACUGGUUUUCCCUGGGCUGUAUGCUCUUCAAGCUCCUGCGGGGCCACAGCCCUUUCCGACAGCACAAAACCAAAGACAAGCAUGAGAUAGACCGCAUGACCCUAACCGUGAACGUGCAGCUUCCGGACGCCUUCUCCCCGGAGCUGAGGUCCCUCUUGGAGGGUUUGCUCCAGCGGGACGUGAGCCGGCGGCUGGGCUGCGGCGGAGGCGGGGCGCAAGAGGUGAAGGAGCACAUCUUCUUCAAGGGCAUUGACUGGCAGCAUGUGUACUUACGGAAGUACCCGCCACCGCUAAUCCCUCCUCGGGGAGAGGUCAACGCUGCCGACGCCUUUGAUAUCGGCUCAUUUGAUGAAGAGGACACCAAAGGCAUUAAGCUGCUGGACUGCGACCAGGACCUCUAUAAGAACUUCCCACUGGUGAUCUCUGAACGCUGGCAGCAGGAAGUGGUGGAGACCAUCUACGACGCCGUCAAUGCUGAUACGGAUAAAAUCGAGGCCAGGAAGAGGGCUAAAAAUAAGCAGCUUGGUCAGGAGGAAGAUUAUGCCCUGGGGAAGGACUGCAUCUUGCAUGGGUUCAUGCUGAAGCUGGGGAACCCCUUUCUCACGCAAUGGCAGAGGCGCUACUUUUACCUGUUCCCCAACAGACUAGAGUGGAGAGGAGAAGGCGAGUCUCGGCAAAAUUUACUGACCAUGGAUCAGAUCCUGUCUGUGGAGGAGACCCAGAUUAAAGACAGAAAAUGCAUUUUAUUCAGAAUAAAAGGAGGGAAGCAGUUUGUCCUGCAGUGCGAGAGUGACCCCGAGUUUGCACAGUGGCUGAAGGAGCUGACCUGCACCUUCACGGAGGCCCAGAGGCUGCUACGCCGCGCCCCCAAGUUCCUCAACAAACCUCGCACCACCAUCCUGGAGUUCUCCAAGCCACCACUGUGCCACAGAAAUAGCAGCGGCCUCUGAAGCACGGAGCAACAGGGCCUGCAGUAGGGGCCUCGGCUCUUCAGCCCAGGAGUGGAUAUGGAGCCACGGGGAGCCGUGUGGGGCUAAGACACAGCGGUUCUGAGCACAGGGCUGCUCCAGCCUGGGGAUGCCCACGACAAUGAGAUGGCCCUGCAGGAGUUGGGACAUCCUCUGGGCUGGCCUGUCUGCACUCGAAAUUACUGAAGAGGCAGAAGGCAUUUUUCCGUGCACCCACUUACCUUGGUAUCCAUGGCCUCAGAACGUGAAAUGGCCCUUACCGCUGCAGCUGGCAUCGAGCGUACCCAGGGUGGGACCACAGUGUCUGGGGCUGCGGGUAGCCUGUCCUAGGCACUGAAGUAUCCGAGUGCCUGCCCAAAGUUUGGGGCUUGUGGCUCCAAAUCCUGGAGGAGAAGGCACAGUAGCCUCGGGUCUCUGUAGGUCAGGGAUAGCCUCCUGGCUGUCCCUAGGUGAUGAGGUAACACGGAACACCACAUGCACCGCCUUCCUCCGAUGGCUCUGCUCUAGGGAUGCCAGUCCGAGAGCAGAGGUAGGAAUGUCCCCUUGUGGAAUUACCAUGGCAUCCAUCAUGGCUACUUCUGGUCAGCCUGACCGGAGGAGAUGCCCCAGGACUUCAAGUCAAGCCAGGAUGUAGGUAACCCACCAGGCAGUCCGUGCACGAGCUUGGGGUCUCCAGGAUGGGCGGGUCUACGACAGAGUCCUGCUCCCUCCGCCUGGCCUGGGAAGCAUAGCCAAGGAUGUGCCCAAGGCAGAAAGGAGUUGCUGCCUCUCCCUUCAGUAUAAUUUAUAAUGAACUCACGCUGAUGGGUGACAGUGUCCAGCGGUCUCCUGUGCACCCUGGCAUGCCCCACAUCCUUCUGCCAUUAAUGUGCUGUGCACUGGGUUAUUCUGACGGGGGCGGCAGUACCCUUUCCCUAAAGGUUACUUCUUCUACUGCUGCCCUGAGUCAACGCUGGGUCCCCAUGUCACCACACUGAAACAGACGUCCUCGAAAGUCUCUGCGGUCUUGUCCCGUUCCUGGGGGCUGUGUUACAGAGUUUCUAGAUAAACUGCUGAGCGCAUAAAGAAACCUGGCAUUGAAAUUCUUUGCAUUCUGUCCUGGAUCUUUCUAACAGUUCCCGGUAUGUGUAUCCUUGUGUGUAUGUGCUGGGGAAAAUAAGGUGUUUAUUUAUUAUUUAUUUAUUUUUUAAAUCGCAGUUACCUUUUGAGGGUUUGGAAGGUAAUUUACCUGUUACUGUGCAGGUAAUUUACCUGGGUGGGGGAGCUGUGGGGCUUGGUGCCCUCUCACUGCCCAUUCGGGGUUUUGAGUUCACACACAUGUGCCACGGUUCGCUGCCUCCAGUGUGGAGACACGGCUACAACCUGGCACGGGCACCCUGUUUGCUUAAAGAGCAUGGCAUUCCGAUUCAUUGCACACGUAGUUAAGUAUUGAUGUUACCGUGUGGGCAUGGCUGGAAUGGGCAGCUCACACAAGCUCAAUCAGACCUGCAGGGGUGAGGGCUGCAUCUCCGGCCUCUUCAGGGAAUAUACAGGACCCUCCGCCAAUCGGGAGGGAGGCUUGACCCCAGCAGGCGUUGGGCUAGCCCGACUAAAUCUUGUAUUGGGGUUAUACCUUCACCAAAGGGUUUUUUAAGAUGACACAGGAUCAUGAGUCCUGCCUGUACCUGCAGAACAUUGAGCCAGACUCUCACAGACAUCAUGUGUUACCAUUUUAACUGAGGCCAUUUUAAGGUUCCUUCCCUUUUAGAAAGGAGUUGUGUGUGUGUUGGGGGGCGUUUCCUAAGAAUCUCCCUGCCUCAGACUUACUCUAAGUAAACCAUUUUAUCCCAUCAACCCUGUUUCCCUCAUGAGGACACAGUUGAGAGGGAGGGCAGAUGGCCCUUGCCGCAGUCCUCAAGAUUCACAUGGGCAGGUGAUGGGUCAUCAGAGGCUGUCUUUUUACCCAAGCACGUGGUGAGGUGUGUCCUGGGUCCCCCAGGGUGGAAGGAGAACCCAGCUGAGUUUGCAAUGCAUGGCCGUUUGAGAGAUCCUGUCAUAUCGGUGGGUCCCUAGAUGCCAGAUGCUUCUGGUACCAUUAACGGAAAGAGCCCACGUGUUCCUCCUUAUUCCAGUUUUGGGGAAGAGUACUUAACGUGAUCGAAGAUGUUCCAGGUGUUGCUGUUUUUAAUGCAGUUACGUACUAAGAAGCCUUGGCUUCAUAAAACAAGAAUAGUAGAUCAUUUUAAGGCAGUUGUGUGACGCACGCUAAAUUAAAACCUUUGGCAAACCCCAGUUUAUUUAUUUUUUAACCUAAAAUACCCUCUUGUCCUUGGGACUCCCCGCUCCUGCCUCCAGGCUGUGGUUAAGUGUGAUUUCUUUCAGCAAAGCCUGUAGAAAUUGUCUCACUGUAGUGGUUUGCGGGGGACCUGUCUCACUGCUGAUACAGAGGCCUGCACACGGGCGGAGCCCCUGGCUGACGUCACGAACUGUAAAACCAGCAGUGAAGUGUGGAUGGCGGCCUGCUGGGGAAGAGAUGACAUCCUUUCGAGGAAGACAUUAUCGGACAGAUUUAAUGCAGCAGGCUCACGAGCCCAGCCUCAUCUGGCAGAGGCAGGAGGCUUAUGAGUUUGGGGCUAGCCUGGGCUACAUAGCAAGGCCUUGCCUUCAGAACACCAAGGACUGUGGCAGUAGCUGUGGGGCCAAGCUCUUGCCUCACAUGUCUACAGUUCUGGGUCUAAUCCCCCCGCGUGGGCGGAGGGUGGGCAGCCAACUGUGAGCCAGUUAAUACGGCUUAGCGCGAGUGACCCCUCGGUCUUGACCACGUGCCUGUUAGAAGCAGCUGUUCCGAGGCCCCGUGAGCCAUGAUCAUUCACCAGUGGACAGUGUGGCGGAGGGUCAGAGCUCCCCAGGGCAGGGACUGGGCCAUUUCAGAUUCCCGACUGUCCAGUGGAUGUCAUGGAGAAUUAUGUGGUAGGGCCAGGGCAGGUGGAGAAGGUUUGCCGGGUUGGCCGAUGGAAGCCACCACAUCCUCCUGACAGAGCACCAAGGAAAGAAUGAUGGAAGCUGGUGGGAGGCCCCCCUCGGAGUUCCAAAGUUACUACUGCGAGGCCUGCUUGCUUUGCUUCCGAGGCUGAGUGGCUCCCCUCAUGACGGCACCCUGUGUUCCUCACUGGACGUUCCCAGGAAGGUACAUCCCUGGCCACUGAAUCUGUCACCUGACAUUGUGAGCUUUGUAGACCAGGUGGAGAGAGACAGUGUCCUGGCCACUGUUACUGACUGUGCUGCUGGGUUGGGGGCAGGUAUCCAGCUGACCGCUAGGGAACCCCAGAAUGACACCUUUCUGCACAUUUAACUCCAUUUCCUCUUUGAACUUUUAUAACUUAAAUUUUCAAAAAUAAAAAAAAAAAAAACAACUUUCCUUUUCCUGAGUGAGGUUACUUGAAAGUUUUAAUUGCUUCCACUUGUGUUAAUGGGAUUGCUUUAUCCAAGCCUCCUUUUCAUUUGUUGUUGCUAUGGAGUAGAGAAAGCUGAGCUGUAAGCUUUGUCUCCUUGGUCAUGAUGGAGUUUUCUCUGUUGAUUUGCUUUUGUUUGCCUAAAGAAUAUGGGAGAAUAGGGCACGGCAUCUCAUAUCCUGCAGUCUCAGUAAUCAGGACGCUGAGACAGGGGGAUGGCAAGCCUGGGCCAUGUCGUGAAACCCUGCCUUAGAAAUAAGUAACUAACAGACUAAGAGUUGUUGCUUUUAUGACACACAACAGGUGCGACCACUCCUACCAGCCACGGGGAGGUGCUGUGUUCCUGAGAUGUGCGGAACCCACACAUUUCAAAUGGCCUUUAUUAAAAACAGAGAGCUCCAGAGAGUGGGUUCAAAGUGUGCAUCGUUCACAAAGAACGAAGACUUUCUCACAGUUAACUCAAACCCCUGAGCUCCCCAGCACCAGAGUCCCGUCUGGAAACCAAUACCUAUGCCUCCUCCUCUUUUUAUUUUGUCCUGGAGGUAAAAUGUCUUUGAUGGUAGGGUGGGGGUGGAGCAGUCAUUCCAAUCGUCAACUGUGAUUUUUUGUUUGUUUGUUUGUUUGGUUAUUUACCUGCCCAUUGGUUGUAUGUAUUGCACGUGGAUUAUAAACUCAACACUGGCCUUUUUUUUUUUUUUUUAGUUCUUUUAUUAAAUUAUAUUUUUCUAUGUUCUAAGUAAUAGCAGACCUGGCUUUUUUUUCUGGGUAACAGAGAUGGAUGGACCUGUAACUAUUGAGACAAGAGUUCUAUUUUAGCACAAAAGCAUUUUAUAUUAUUUAUUGAAUCCGUAUGUGUGUUCCCAUGGAAACCAUCUGUAUUUCUGCUCUUUGUGAUCUGUAUAGUUUGUUAUUUAAAGAGACGGCAGCCUUCGUGUUGUUGAAACAAUAAAACCGAGCUCCUACAAGCAGCAGCGUGA